AUGAAGGAGCCCGUGUCCCACCAGGCACCCAAAGUCAUCAAAGCACUUCAGUUCAGCUUGCUCAAUAACCAGGACACGGUCAAGCUUGCCGAAUUCGAGGUCACCCAUCGCGAUCUAUACACCCCCAUCGACCGCCUGCCCGUUAAGAAUGGUGUGCUUGAUCGUCGUUUAGGAACGACAGAGAAAAGCGCCUUCUGCGAGACUUGCGGCCUGAACUCGGUGGACUGUGUGGGACACUAUGCAUACAUCAAGCUGGUCGUCCCCGUCUUCCAUAUCGGCUACUUCAAGCACACCAUAGGCAUACUGCAAUGCAUUUGCAAGACAUGUGCGAGGGUGCUGCUCGAAGAGCCCGACCGUCGCUCUUACCUCAAACGCUUCCGAAGACCCAACCUCGAAAACCUGCAGAGGAUGACACUCGUCAAGUCCGUCAACGCGCUCGCCCGCAAGACGGUAUACUGUCCAUACUGUGCAGCUACGAACGGAACCGUCAAGAAGGCAGGCGCCUUAAAGAUCAUACACGACAAGUUCCGCGCGAAGAAAACUGCCGAGGAGAUGGAGAAGUGGAAGAGGACCUUCGCUCCUGCAAUAGAGGCCCAGAAGGAGUUGGGCAUGUACGUCAACAAGGCGAUCCACGAAGACCUGAACCCUCUGAAGGUUCUUGACUUGUUCAAACGUAUCUCUGACGAAGACUGUGAACUCCUUGGACUUCGACCGGAGUACGGUCGGCCAGAGCAGUACAUCUGGCAGUACAUUUCCGUCCCUCCCGUGGCGAUUCGGCCGUCGGUAGCACAAGACGGCGCCUCGAACGAGGAUGAUCUCACCGUCAAGCUUACUGAAAUCGUGUUCAGCAACGCGCUGAUCAAGCAGGGUCUCGUCAAAGGUGCUCCUACCGCACAGUUCAUGGAACAAUGGGAGUUCCUCCAGCUCUCCGUCGCCAUGUACAUCAACUCCGAGCUUCCCGGCGUGCCAUCACAACUCGGCCAGAAACCCAUCCGAGGGUUCUGCCAGCGUCUGAAGGGCAAACAGGGACGCUUCCGUGGUAACUUGUCCGGAAAGCGUGUCGACUUCUCCGGCCGUACCGUCAUCUCCCCCGACCCGAACCUCCGCAUCGACGAGGUCGCCGUGCCAGAACGGGUCGCGAAGAUUCUCACAUACCCCGAACGCGUUACUGGGCACAACAUAGACCGGCUGAAGAAGGCGGUGCGAAAUGGGUGCGAUGUCCAUCCAGGCGCAAACUACGUGACUGCGGGGAGCAAUGGCUUCAAGAAGUACUUGAAGUUUGGUAACCGGACAGCCAUCGCGGAUGGCCUUCGUAUAGGCGACAUCGUGGAACGGCACGUCAUUGACGGUGACAUUGCACUGUUCAAUCGACAACCCAGUUUGCACAAGCUCUCUAUCAUGUGUCAUAGGAUCAAAGUUCGACCAUGGAGAUCAUUCCGUCUCAACGAGUGUGUUUGCGGUCCUUACAACGCUGAUUUCGAUGGAGACGAGAUGAACCUUCACGUCCCGCAAACAGAAGAGGCGCGCACGGAAGCCCUCGAGCUUAUGAGCGUGAAACACAACCUCGUCACCCCACGAAACGGCGAACCCGUGAUCGCCGCCAUCCAGGACUUCAUCACCGCCUCUUUCCUCCUCUCCCGGCGCGACACCUUCUUCGACCGGCGGCAGUUCACGCAGAUCUGCUCCUACUUCGCGGACGCGGACCUGCAGAUCGACAUCCCCCCGCCCGCGAUCUGGAAGCCCGUGCGGCUCUGGACGGGCAAGCAGGUCUUCAACGUGCUCAUGCGCCCGAACAGGCAGUCGAAGGUGUUCGUGAACGUCGAGAGCAAGUGCAACAAGGAGGACAAGCCGCAGGCGGCGUGCUACCCGCGCAUGCGGCCUGCCCCGGACUUGUCGCCCAAUGACGGCUGGCUGGUGAUCGUGAACAGCGAGAUCAUGUGUGGCGUCAUGGACAAGGCGACGGUGGGCAGCGGGAAGAAGAAGUCGGUGUUUGGUGUCAUUAUGCGCGACUAUGGCCCGCAUGAGGCAGCCGCAGCGAUGAACAGGGUAGCGAAGCUCUGCGCACGGUAUCUUGCUAACAUCGGGUUUUCUCUCGGUAUCAACGACGUCAUUCCCGGACCUGUUCUGUCGGGCAAGAAGGAUAGCAUGGUUGAAGACGCAUACGCUGCCUGCGAGAGGCUAAUUAUCCGGGCAAAGAAGGGUCUACUGGAGAACAAGCCCGGUUGCGACCAGGAGCAAACUCUUGAAGCGGAAAUCUCCAAGGUGCUGUCCGACGUCCGUGGAAAUGUAGGAGAAAUCUGCAUGAAAGAGCUGAGCCGCCACAACGCUCCCUUGAUCAUGGCAACGUGUGGUUCCAAAGGUUCCGUCAUCAACGUCUCCCAGAUGGUUGCCUGUGUCGGACAGCAAAUUAUUGCCGGUCAUCGUGUACCCGACGGUUUCCAGGACCGCUCGCUGCCCCACUUCCCCAAGAAGUCGCGCGACCCGCCGUCGAAGGGCUUCGUGAGGAACAGCUUCUACACAGGCCUCACCCCUACAGAGUUCCUUUUCCACGCCAUCUCGGGUCGCGAAGGUCUAGUCGACACCGCCGUCAAGACUGCUGAGACGGGCUACAUGCAGCGACGACUUAUGAAGGCGCUGGAGGAUCUCGUCACGCAUUACGACUCGUCCGUGCGCAACGCCGUCGGUGGAGUGGUGCAGUUCCGAUAUGGUGACGACGGCCUCGACCCAGCAUGUCUCGAGGGUGACGCUCAGCCUGUGGACUAUGAGCGAGCAUGGCGACACGCCUGCUCCCUUGCUUCCAGGGCUCCCCGUGGUCUGCUACCGUACGAGAUUAUCGAGUUCGUCGAUCACGAGCUCUCGACACGCAAGUACACCACCGAAUGCACAGCAGCGUAUCUCGCGACGAUUCGCAGCUUCAUCUCCGAGAACAUCGCACAACGGCUCGGGGAAGUGCGCAAGCGGCACGGCAUGUUCGAAGCGCUGGAGCGCGAGGACGAGUGGGACGCCGAUACCGACUUGACAAUGGGUGCAUCAGACGCCGACAAGGCCGCCGUCGACAACAAGAUCAAGGUGACCGAGGAGCAGCUGCGGCUGUUCCUCGACGUUUGCUGGACGAAGUACGUCAAGGCGAAGAUCGAGCCCGGGUCCACCGUCGGCGCCGUCGGCGCACAGUCCAUCGGCGAGCCCGGCACGCAGAUGACGCUGAAGACGUUCCAUUUCGCGGGUGUCGCGUCCAUGAACGUCACGCUCGGGGUGCCGCGCAUCAAGGAGAUCAUCAACGCUGCGAAGGCCAUUAGCACGCCCAUUAUCAGUUGCAAGCUCGUUGCGUACGACAGCGAGGCUUCUGCGCGGAUCGUGAAGGGGCGGCUGGAGCGCACGCACGUCGGAGAUAUCGCAUCCGUCCUCGAGGAGGCGUGGGCUCCAGAGUACACCUACAUCGGCGUGAUAGUCGACAUGAAGACCAUUCAAGAUCUUCAACUCGAGCUCACGCUGGACGACAUCAAAUGGGCCAUCGUAGGCGCGCGGAAACUCAAGAUCAAGCAAGAGUCCAUCACCGUCAUCCCGCGCAAGAACCGCCUGCGUAUAUACGUAGAUGGGGCCGACAAGUAUUAUCGCCUGCGCGAGCUCAAGCGGGCGUUGCCCGACGUCGUUGUGAAGGGUGUGCCCACUAUCAGGCGUGCUAUCAUCAACAUCAAGGAGAACAACGACCACAGGGGCAAAAAGGGUGACAAGGAGCUGCUCGUGGAAGGCUAUGGCUUGCAGAAGGUCAUGACCACCCAAGGUAUUGUUGGCGAGCAAACGACCUCCAACCACGUCAUCGAGAUCGCGCAGGUCCUCGGGAUUGAGGCUGCGCGGCGAACGAUCAUCAACGAGAUUCAGUAUACCAUGCAGAGUCACGGCAUGAGUAUCGAUCCGCGGCACGUCAUGCUGCUUGGGGACGUCAUGUCCUACAAGGGCGAAGUCCUCGGUAUCACGCGCUUCGGUGUAGCGAAGAUGAAGGACAGCGUGCUCAUGUUGGCUUCGUUUGAGAAGACGACAGAUCAUCUGUUCGAUGCGUCUGCGUACGGAAAGACGGACAGCAUUGCUGGCGUGUCCGAGAGUAUCAUUAUGGGCAACCCCGCUGCAAUGACGGGUACCUCGAUGCCCGCGCUCAUUACUCCUGCGCCGUCAAUAAGCAAACCAAGAAAAUUGUUGUUCGAGGGGGCUUUGUGA